AUGAAUCCGGUUUUCCGAAUUGUGAUUAUUUAUGGAAGUCAAACUGGGAACGCUUGUGGAAUAGCCGAGAAGCUUGCCCUCCAAUGCUGCAAAAUACUUCGAUUGAGGAACUUUCCAGCCAAUAGUCCUACAUCGCUGGUUCAUCUAUGUGAGGCUAAUAGCUACGUUCCCCUCAAACAACUUGCCAAAGAGACCGGCCCUGUUAUUUUUGUCUGUUCUACAACAGGGUUUGGCGAUCCACCUGAUAAUAUGGCUUCAUUUUGGCGCAAGCUUAUGAAUGUUCGCCUUCCAGAGGGAAAAACAUUCCCAAUAUCCCUUCGCUUCGCCGUGUUAGGUAUUGGUGACUCCUCGUACAAGCAGUAUAACUUCGUUGCCAAGAAACUAUAUCGUCGGAUGGUUCAUCUUGGUGCCUCCCCUCUACCGGUUUCUAUGGCACUGGGGGAUGCAGAUCAGGAUAUUGGCCUUGGAUUGGCAGAUGAAUCUGCUCCAGAAAGUAUAGUCACUUGCCUUCAGCGAUUUGUGCCCUCUUUAUUUAAUACUAUACUCAAUCACUACUCCAAUAGUGUACAACCGAUCGGGUCGAUAUCGCUUCCAAUCACCUGGGAGGGUCUAGAAUCUUCAGAAUUCAUUGCCUCCCUACAGCCUAGGUUUAUGGUUCGAAGAGUGAGGAAGAUUGAAAGUGGGGAUGUGAAUCUCAUCAAUGGAAAUCAUUAUCGAAAUGAGGAGCUGCUGAUGGAUAUGAUUGAAACAACAAUCUCUAGAGAUAGUGCCCUUUUUAAAAUGCCUGCUAUGCCUUCGGAGGCUGGAUGGUUUGUUGUCAAAUCUAAUGAGAGGAUUACCCCUUUAAAUUACUUCCAAGAAACGCGGCUUAUUGAAUUGGAGGCUGAGAAUGGUGACUCCCAGCCAGAAUUCCUUCCGGGUGCUGUCCUAAAAGUUCAGCCUCGAAAUCUCGCUGAGGAUGUACUGGCUUUCUUCAAAGUGACUGGUCUCGAUCCCAACGUGCGUAUCUCAGUUCGCAGCCUCACAAAGGAAAUUCACCCCGGACAGCACAUUAUCUCUUUCUCACUUCCCGGUCGAUUGGAGUCCGUCUGCGCCAGCGAUGGCGUUUCUCUUGCUUGGCUAGCUGCCUACUACUUUGAUAUCAAUUCAAUUCCCACACGUUCUUUCUUUUCUGAUUUCGCAGCCGCUCACAAAUGGCGACCCACUGGCACUAAAGAUGAUGAACGUGUCGCUAUGGAAUAUGACCGACUGAAGGAGCUUGGUCAAGCCCACACUCCUGAGGAAGUAGAUGACUUCUAUGACUACGUGAACCGACCCCGUAGAAAUAUUAUUGAAGUUCUAGGCGAUUUCCCUUUCACUACCUCCUUUAUCCCUGCUGAGCAGUGGAUUAAUAUUCUCCCCGGACCCCUCAGACCUCGUCCCUACUCUAUCGCAUCUGCGUCACCCAAGAUUGAGCUACUUGUUGCUGUUGUCACCUAUCGUACACGAAUGCUCACACCACGCAAAGGCCUUGCGUCCACUUAUCUAACACGAUGUAAAGUUGGCACUCGUAUUCCCGCAUGGAUUUCCCGACUAUCCUAUGGAUUUGACUUCUCUUACCACCUCACCUCAAGCGUGCCUCGUCCCCCUCCUUGUGUACUCAUUUGCACUGGCACGGGAGUUGCCCCCCUUCGAGCCUUUAUUCAAUACCAACGUAAAUCCUUUCCUCGUGCCUUCAACGUUCUCGUUUUUGGCUGCCGAUUCUCUAAUCGUGAUUUCUACUUUGCGAAGGAAUGGAAGUGCCUAGAGGAAGAUGAUUGUCUUCAACUCAUUACCGCCUUUUCUCGCGAGGGUGGAAAGAUAACAACAGCUAAAAAUCGAAUCUAUGUUCAACAUAAGAUUAGAGAGAACCCUGAUUUGGUGUGGUCGGUGCUAGGAGAGGCCCAGGGAAGUGUCUUUAUUGCUGGCAAUGCACGGACAAUGCCACUUGCUGUGCGGGAGUCAAUCGUGGAAAUCGCUCAAACUGGUGGUGGUUUGUCGGCCUAUGAGGCCGAAACUUUUGUCAAUAAUUUGGAGAGCUCAGGGAGAUACCAAGCUGAAGUUUGGAUGUGA